AUGCGCGAUAGCUACCACAGGCGGCUGCGGCGCUGGCAGCGCACGCGCCGCCGCCGGGGGUUCGCCGUCUGCGUGAAGGGACUCGACCUGCCAGACGACGUGUCGGGCCGCCUAGUCGAGUGGGUGGAGGCGCAGCGGCUGCUCGGCGCCGACGCCUUCAUCUUCUAUCGGUUCUCUACGCAUGAGCGCGUGACGCGCGUGCUGCGCCACUACGAGGCGGCCGGGCUGGCCACGGUGGUGAACGUCACGCUGCCCGGCUUCCAGCCCAACUACGCUCCCGACCGGCGCCGCCUCAUGCGCGUCUCCAUCUGGCAGAAGCGACGGAACGAGCUGGUGCACUACAACGACUGCCUGUACCGCAGCCUCUACCGCUACCGGUUCGUGGUGCCGGUGGACAUGGACGAGCUGCUGGUGCCACUGCAGUACCGCACGUGGCCGGCGCUGCUCAGCCACCUGGAGGAGGUCAAUCCGCAUCUGCUGCACCGGUUCGCCUCGCUCUCAGUGCGCCACGUCUAUUUCUUCGACAACAUGACGCGCACGCCCGACCCGAGCCUGCCCGAGCACUUCCACAUGCUGCGCCACACCGAGCGUAGCGCCAACCUCAGCGGCCGCGGUGUCAGCAGCAAGAGCUUCGUCAGCACGCGCGGCGCGCUCACCGUGUUCAACCACUACGCGCUGGAGCCGCUCUACCCGUACAUGCAGCACGAGGUGCGCGUGGUGCCGCGCCAGGCGCUGCUGCACCACUACCGCGCCAGCUGCCCGGAGGAACUGACUGUCGAGUGUCGAGACAACUACUACCGGCACACGGUGAGCGACACCAGUCUGCAGAGGUACCGCGACCAGCUGGUGCGCGCCGUCAACGACACCAUGCGGCAGCUGGGCUCUAACAAGCGGCGUUCCGAGUCGCCGGCCCGAGACUGGCGCCUCUGA